AUGAAGAACAACAAAAUAGCACCAUCGGAAUUAAAGUCCGACAAGGGGCCGCUACAGUACCCUAACAUGUACACAUCUUCAGAUACGAUCGAAAGUAAAUUUGAUGUUUCUACUGCAACAGUAAUCACCACAUCUUCAUCGGCGUCAGAUCUGGAGCAUCGACCGGGAGGGUUGAGUGCCAAGUCUACUUUGAUCAACUUUGUCAAGGUGAGGUUUUAAAAUGUAUACCGUACUUUCUAAGAGUCGAAUAUACUGUGCUGUUAACAGGUAUUACUCUAAAUUAUUCUGAUCUUUAACAUAUAACUUAUUCCUUUGUCAGAACUUGGUUUAUUCUUUAACGUAUGCCUACUAUAUAUUACUGUGUAUACCUAAAGUCUUGAGUAUCAUAUAAUGUAAUCUUUUGCUCAUAAAAGGUCUUGGUAUUAUCAUAACAUGUUUUAAAUCUGUCAAAAGCUGUGUUUUGUGAAAAUAAUCGAAAAACGUUUGACAGUCAUGUAAAUAAUGAUUGUUUGCUUGCAAUCAAGAUGUGACAUUUAAGCGAACAUGAUCUAUAUUAUGAAUGUUUCAGGGAAUGAUUGGGCCUGGAUGUCUGAGUUUGCCAAUCGCUUUCCAUCAGGCUGGUCUCUGGGUGAGUUACUUUACUUCACAUUGAGAUAUUGUUAUAGGUCUUGUUACUUUACAUAGGUUUGACUACUUUACAUAGAGUAUACUACUUUACAUUACAUACAUACAUAUUAUACUAUACUUUUAUAUGUUUUACAAUGCUCUCUACUGCCAUUAUGUAAAACACUAAUUGAUACAUUAAAUAAUGUAUUAAAAGCUUUAUGUCGCUGUAGCAGACUACGGUGUCUGUUUAUGUAAACACCGUUACCGUGAGUUGAUUUCAGACGGCACUAGUGUUGAUAUUUACUUUCGGAUUUCUCAACAAUUACUGUAUGUUACAACUGGUGGAAUGCUCACAGAAGUUGUCGAAGAAGUAAGUGUUGUGAAAGUGUUGUUUAUAGGUAAUCACAUGUUUCAUAGUAAACGAUUAUGUUGUGUACAUAGCCUUGUAUACGUAGCCUUGGUAUCUUAAUCUCUGAUCAAAACUAUCCGAUGUAAACUGUUUUGUUAUAUUAUGUUUGUUCAAAUAAUUCUGUGCUUUCUAACUCUUAAGAUUUGCUUUUAGAGGGGCGCAGAAUUAUUUGAACAAGCUAAUAUAUAUGUUUAUAUAAUAUUCUGACUAAAAUUUGUUUAAUGUCACAGUAAUCGUAUUUCAGAAGAGGCAAAGUGUUGGAUUACGGUGGAGUAUCGUAUCAUGCCUGUUCAAACAGCUUCUCUUUUAUACGACCGUACAAUAAUGUAUUUAGGUAUGUGUCCUUACCUUUCGUAUCUACAUCUUGUUACUUUUCGUAUGUACAUCUUGUCUAUAUGAUAUUGUGCACAAAAUAAUAAUAUUUUCUUUAGAAACAUAACCAACGGGGUAAUAAUACUGUUACAACUCGGUAUCUGUAGUGUGUUCUACGUGUUUGUGGCUUCGCACGUGAAAGAGGUAUGUUCCCUUUGACAUUAGGGGGUUGUGUAACAUGAGAGUCGGCGAUAUUAUGAAUGAGAUGUGUGAUCUUACCCUAACAGUAACGUAAUAGAGGUAUAAUGAUUAAAGAUACCAGUAAUAUAUCGAGGUCAUCUCAGAUACAAAUAGUAAUGUAUUAGACUUACUUUUUGUAGUACAGUAAUGAGCUUUACUUGUGGUACAGUCAUAAAUGAGAGUAAGCUAUACGUUGACCUAUAUGGUUUAUAUUUGAAUCAAAGACCCAGUUAAGCUACCAUAACAAAUAUUGAUAAAAAAAGUAUCAUGCAUUGGAAACUUUGCCGUACUGUAAACACUACCUUGCUGUACUAACUAGUGUCAUUUCAGCUGUUCGAUGACUUUAGCGACAUUCGUUUUUCGCCCACAAUGUGGUCCUUACUGGUACUGCUCCCGAUGGUACUGGUCAAUCUUCUGAGAACCUUGAAAAUGAUUGCCAUUUUGAGUGUGGUGGGCAACAUCUGCAUGAUAUCUUGUCUGGUGUUCAUUAUGCAGGUAAGGCUAUAUUGUCAUCGAUAUCAAAGAACGUAUAUUUAGUUUGUGUUAUCAUUUCAAAGUAUUUUACUUUAAUUUUUUAUUGUAAAAGUUUUUUUGAAAAAUUGUAGUUAUUUGUUAAGCUUACUGUAACACGAUACAUUUUAGUAUUUGAUCCGGCAGCCAUUUGUAAUUCACCAACUUCCUGGAAUCACAAACUUUGACGGUGUUGUGAUGGCUUGUGGGUCCAUCUUAUAUUCAUUCGAAGGUCAAGCUAUGGUAAGUUAGCCUUCUUCUUAAUUGGUACUGUCACCGCAUAACUAUUACAAAUCAAUUUUAUUGUUUUAUAUAAUACUUGAUAAUCAUAUAAACACAUUAUAGGUGCUACCCAUGGAGAACAAGCUGAAAAGACCGGAGAACAUGAUCGGAUCGUUCGGUGUUCUCUCUGUAGGUAUGUCCAUCGUAACUUGUGUCUACGCCGCCUGUGGCUUCUUUGGCUACGCUGUGUACGGCGAGCAUGUAGCCGGCAGUAUCACUCUCAACUUGCCAACUACAGUACCUUUCACCAUCGUCAAAGGCUUCCUGAUCUUUGUAAUUUACUCUGGAUUCGUGAUCCAACAAUAUGUUAUCGUAGACAUGAUUUGGCCUAGGCUGAAGAAGGUCAUCAGGCUAGAUCACCUCAGCUACUGGCCCGACUUUGCUUGUGAAGCCAUCUUCAGAACGUUGUUGGUACUUCUUGAAUGUGAGUUUAAUGUUUUUGGGAGGCAGGGAACAUCAAAUUAAUGUAAUGUCGACUUCUAGUCAGAGUAUACUUAUAUUAAAGAGUAUAAGAUACUUUACCGUAUACUUUCUUACUGUACCGUAUUAUAAACUGUACAGUGGAUUAUAAAACAAUAAACGACCUGAUUUCAGUUGGAAUGGCAGUAUCAGUACCAAAACUAGAAGAUAUCAUUCCCCUUGUCGGAGCGACUGCUGGUAUGUUGCUAGCCUUCGUAUUCCCGGCCAUCAUUGACACUCUGACAUUCGGGCCUGGCCUAGUAGAGGAGGCCAACAAGGACCCGUCGAAGCGAUCUCAACUCUACUUCAGACUCCUCAGGAACAGUGCCCUCGUGCUUCUGGGGAUCUUCGGCCUCGUAGCCGGCUUCCAAUCCAAUCUCAGAGGCCUUCUAUCUCCCAAAGAAUAA